AUGAUUAUUGAAUUAUUAUGUACAAUAAUCUUUUUUACAGAACUCUGUCUACGUAUUUAUUUAGCUCCAACAUUUUAUCAAAUAUAUUCAGAUAUAUGUUUUUGGUUUGAACUUUCUUCAGUAUUAUCAAAUUUGUUUAUGUAUAUCAUUAUUGAAAUUCAAAAAUAUAAAAAAAUUUAUUUCUAUUCUUGUUUAACAUUUAUUUCUAUUCUACGAUCAUUACGUAUAUUUCGUUUUACAAGACAAAUAAUUAUUUUAAAAAUAUUUCUUUAUUCAUUAAUACAUAGUAUUCGACAAUUAUUUCAUUUAUUUAUUAUUCUUAUAAGUAUGAUACUUUUUUUUGGUGAAUUUAUUUAUUUAAUAGAAGAAUGGACAAGUGAUUCAUCAAUUCAAACAGUAACUGAUGGUUAUUGGCUUACUGCAUUAACAGUAACAAGUCUUGGUUAUGGUGAUUUAUAUCCGACACAUACUUAUUCACGAAUAUUAAUGUCUAUUUGUUCAAUAAUUGGUCUUGUGAUUAUUGCAAUAACUGUACCAGAAAUUUAUCAUUAUUUUGAUAGAAUGUAUCAAAAUGAAACAAAAAAACGACAUAUUAUUCGUUAUAUUUAUUCUGAUCAGAUAGCACUUAGAAUUUGA